AUGUUGAUGGCUGAUUCAAUUGAUGAAGAGUGUGAUUAUCUGUUCAAGGCAGUUCUGAUUGGGGACUCUGGAGUUGGGAAAUCCAAUUUGCUUUCCAGAUUUUCCAAAGACGAAUUCCGCUUAGACUCCAAGCCCACCAUCGGAGUCGAAUUCGCUUACCGGAACAUCAAAGUGGGCGAUAAACUCAUCAAGGCUCAAAUUUGGGACACUGCAGGCCAAGAAAGAUUUAGAGCAAUCACUAGUUCAUACUAUCGCGGGGCGCUUGGUGCCAUCCUAGUGUAUGACAUAACCAGGAAACUAUCAUUCGAAAAUGUAAGCAAAUGGUUGCGGGAGCUUCGUGAAUAUGGUAAUUCCGACAUGGUUAUUGUUCUUGCUGGUAACAAAUUGGAUUUGAGUCACUCUAGAGAGGUUAGCGAGGAAGAAGGCAAAAAUUUUGCAGAGACGGAGGGCCUGUGUUUCAUGGAAACCUCUGCUUUAGAGAAUGUGAAUGUUGAGCGAGUGUUUUUGGAUAUGAUUUCUAAGAUUCAUCAAAUCACAAGCCAGAAAAUUUUGGAAGCUAAACUGGAUGAAACCAUUCCAAGUCCAAGUCUUCAUGCUGCAAAGCAAACCAUCCACAUUGAUGACCAUGAAGUUACGGCUACUAAACAACCUAGUUAUUAUUGUUGCUCAAAUUAG